AUGGAAACUGUCUCGUCCCACGCUACAGUCACGGAAAAACUGGCUCGUCGUCGACGUGAUAAUUUCUUGUUCAAGCUACGCCCACCCCUCUGCUGUUGUAACCGACCUCGGGCCGCUUUCGAGAAUAUCAUGCGUAAUUUGGAAUGUGAAGACAUGGAAAUGAGAUCGAAUGCUGCUACUUUCGUCAUCUCCGUUUUGCACAGAAGACAUCGUACUCAUAUUUGCGAAAGCCGAGUGUCGCAACAAUGUCGAGAGAAUAUAUUUACAAUCGAAACGCUGAAGGACUUUCAGCACAUUGAAGAUAACAGAGAUCAGGGCUUGAAUAUUCGAGAGAAAGCUAAGCAAAUAACCGCACUUCUAACCGAUGAAGAACGUCUUAAGAAUGAAAGGACCCGUUUCAUGUUGACAAGGACGAAAUUCCGAGAAAACAGUGGAUUGGGAAGCAGUUCGGAGCGGAGAAUCCACCGCUCGGAUACAGGGACUGCAUUAGGUGAGGAGAUAGUUGCUAUACAUUUUACAUUAGCGAUCCUUUAUGGACAUUUUUUCUCUGUAGUGUUUUGGUUUCCUUGCUCUGCUGGCUUAAUUUUCAACCAUUGUCUUAUUCGGGUGAACCUACCAAAAAAGACAUGA